AUGGCGGCAAUCCAAAGCGAUCAAGACGAUAUGUCUACCGUUAAUGCCAUCGCCAAUUCUGGAGCACAAACUAUUGUUAUUGGCUCCUUGGAAGACAUUCAAGUUUUCGCUGAAAUCUGUGAACCUAAUAAAAGACAACGCAAUCACAUUAGCCAUGAUGGUUAUAUCAAUUCUGAUAUAAUCAGCGACGAUAGCGAUGAUCCCACCAGUAUCUUGUCCGGGUCUUCAUAUGUCGUGCCUGAGGUUGAUGACGCUCCCUGCAGCUACAUAUGUAAAAUGGGAAUGCCUGAACUUGACAGCAGCAACAUUCCUAGUUCUCCGAUAGAAAUAGCAGACAGUCAACUUGCGGCAUUGGUUGUUGAUGCCCAACCAUUGGCCAGCAAUAACUCAAUGCACCCAUUAGACGUAGUCAAUCGUUUAAGAUUAGAGAGCUUUCUAUCUGACUUUAAGUAUGUUAUACCAAAAUUAGCAAUCUUCUACUAUCUGUGUUUAAAGUAUUCAUCGGCUUAG